CCAGUGCUGUGCCUGUACAUUAAAAAAAAUGUCUUUCCGUUGAAGAAGACGGGGUUAAAAUGAAUGAAGAUCUGAAGGUUAAUUUGAGCUGGCUGCCUCAGGAUCAUGUAGAAGCCAGCUCUGCCGAGAAUGCCUCAGCCGCAGGCUCCUCCCUGGUUCCUGUCAUAGACCCAGAGCCAGAGCUUUUGGUAAACCCCUGGGACAUUGUCUUGUGUACUUCAGGGACCCUUAUCUCCUGCGAAAAUGCCAUUGUGGUUCUUAUCAUUUUCCAUAAUCCCAGUCUUCGCGCCCCCAUGUUCCUCCUGAUAGGCAGCCUGGCGCUGGCAGAUCUCUUAGCGGGCAUUGGAUUGAUCAUCAAUUUCGUUUUUGCAUACCUUCUGCAAUCAGAAGCUACGAAACUGGUUACGAUUGGACUGAUUGUUGCCUCUUUCUCAGCAUCUGUCGGCAGCUUGCUGGCUAUUACUGUUGAUCGUUACCUCUCCCUGUAUUAUGCUUUGACUUACAAUUCAGAGAGGACUGUCACUUUUACCUAUGUCAUGCUUAUAUUGCUCUGGGGAGCAUCUAUCUGUAUUGGACUACUGCCUGUAAUGGGCUGGAACUGCCUCAGAGAUGAAUCCACCUGCAGUGUUAUCAGACCACUCACUAAAAAUAAUGCAGCUGUCCUUUCAGUCUCUUUCUUGCUUAUGUUUGCCCUCAUGCUGCAGCUCUACAUUCAAAUCUGUAAAAUUGUGAUGCGCCAUGCCCAUCAGAUUGCCUUGCAACACCAUUUCCUGGCCACUUCCCACUAUGUGACCACCCGAAAAGGAGUGUCUACUUUGGCCAUUAUUUUGGGGACUUUUGCUGCUUGCUGGAUGCCUUUUACGCUCUAUUCUUUAAUAGCAGAUUACACCUAUCCUUCUAUCUACACCUAUGCCACCCUCCUGCCAGCUACCUACAAUUCCAUCAUAAAUCCUGUAAUAUAUGCUUUUAGAAACCAGGAGAUACAGAAAGCACUUUGGCUCAUCUGUUGUGGCUGUAUUCCUUCUAACCUGUCUCAGAGAGCAAGAUCACCCAGUGAUGUCUGAUUGGCAGCUAGGAGGAUGUUCCUUAACAUGUUACUUUCCAGACAUUCUUGCAACGCUGUCUUUGGUUUAGAUGCAUUCAUUAAAUGAUGUGUGAUGAGUUCAUAUAAAAACCACAGGAUGCACUGACCUUUUUGUAAACAGAAACCCCAGUGACCAAAAUGAAUCGAGUGGUUUAAGGGAGAUUUCCAAAAUCAAAAUAAUCAGUGUUCUCACAGAUUUAUAAUGUUGCUCAGGGUCUUUUUGUUGUAUUACCCAGACUUUGCCAUGUUUGCUAUGACUUUACAUUAAGUUUGUUAAUUAAAAUUAGAUUGAAACAGCAUACCUCCUUUGAAAAUGUUUAUGUGAUUGGGUUUAGUCAUACUGCAUGUUAUAGUCGGUUGUCAGGAUAUUUUUUCCCCCCUCUUUAAUUCUUCUGAAAACAAACAAAAAAGAAAACCCAAGUCCUGCUACCCCAUUUGUAUAUCAUCAGAAUACCUUUCAAAAUAAUGGCCAAUUGUACUGAUUUAUAUGGUAUUUAUUGUAAUAAUCACAGUGCAACAAAUUUGCUCCAGCUGAGGAAGUACUUGUGUAGCUUUCCAUUUUACAUCUCAGCAUGAAUUAGCUUGAUAAUUGUUUUAAAGGGUUACCUGUUCUUUCCUGAAUUCUCGCUGGAUGUUAAAACAGAAGAUAUGCUUUGCCUUCCUUUUCAAAAGUCAGCCAUAUGUUUUCACUUAGAUAUGGGACAUCAGAGCUCAUUAUACUAUUAAUCUUAGAAGAAAUUCAGGGGGGUUCUUUGAAAUUGAUGAAAAGAUACGGCCUCUUUUGGCUAUGCGUUUGUAAUAGAUGCUUCACUGAGUUUCUCAGACAAGUUUAUCUUUUCAGAAAUGUGUAAGAAAAUAUCUAAUAAAAUUACCUACCAAUUGCUUGCAACACGCUUAGCAUCUACAUUAAAUGGUUCCCCUUCAGUUUGUUAUCAAGUCAAAAUGAUUACCACUUGUUUCAUUGUUCUGCUAUAUAAUUUAAAAUACUGAAGUUUA